AAAACAUUUCUUGAACUGAUUCUUGAGUCCUCAGACUCUCUCGAGAGGGGUCGCAGCGAGACAAAGAAAAUGGGAGGGAAAUUUUCGUCAGAAUAAUCUUCGUAGUCAUCUUCUCCGUUGUUGAUCUUGGUCGGAGAACCGUCGGAAGCUGCUGUGUUUUCCCUGAAGUUUAGUAGUAGCAGAAGCGAAAAAUCCUCGUAAACUCCGGGAGUUUUGACCUAGCCUCGCUCGUCGGUGAGGCGCGAGAGAUCGUCGGUGAUCGACUUGGUAGACUACUUGGGCUGUGGGAAGAAGGAGGCGGAGGAGGCGCAAGGGCUCCUCGCGGCGGAGCCCUAGAAAAGCGUUUCGGUCGUUGUGUUAGCAUCAUUCGCCAUGAGUCCCAUUCAGAAUUUCGAGCAACACUCCCGUCGUCUUGUGGAGCCUGACCUCCCUAUUCAGACGAGGCUAGAGAUGGUGGUGGAGGUCAGGGACAGUCUUGAGAUAGCUCAUACGGCUGAGUACUUGAAUUUCCUAAAAUGCUACUUCCGGGCAUUCUCGGUGAUUCUUCUACAGAUUACAAAGCCGCAAUUCACUGACAAUCCCGAGCACAAACUACGAAACAUUGUGGUCGAGAUCCUCAAUCGACUCCCACAUAGUGAGGUUCUUCGUCCCUUUGUUCAGGAGCUCUUGAAGGUUGCGAUGCAGGUGCUCACAACUGAUAAUGAAGAAAAUGGCUUAAUUUGCAUCCGCAUAAUCUUUGACCUUCUUAGGAAUUUUAGGCCGACACUAGAGAAUGAGGUUCAGCCGUUCUUAGACUUUGUUUGCAAGAUAUACCAGAACUUCAGAUUUACCAUCAGUCAUUUCUUUGAAAAUGUUUCAAUGGAAGACGUGAAGCCCAUGGAGACAUCUACAUCUUCUGACCAGUUCCUUACUCCUACUGGGCCUGUUGGGAAUGGACAGCUUAACCCGAGCACUCGUUCAUUCAAGAUAGUUACUGAGAGUCCUCUUGUAGUUAUGUUUCUUUUCCAACUGUACAGCCGACUUGUUCAAACCAACAUUCCUCAUUUGCUGCCCCUGAUGGUUGCUGCUAUAUCUGUCCCUGGCCCUGAGAAAGUUCCUCCACAUUUGAAGCCUCACUUCAUUGAGUUGAAGGGUGCACAGGUUAAGACAGUUUCUUUUCUAACUUACUUGUUAAAGAGUUGUGCCGAAUAUAUCAGGCCACAUGAAGAAAGCAUAUGCAAAAGCAUUGUAAAUUUGCUUGUGACUUGUUCGGACUCUGCAUCUAUCAGAAAGGAGCUCUUAGUCUCAUUAAAGCAUGUGCUUGGGACUGACUUUAAGAGAGGUUUAUUUCCUCUUAUUGACACUCUUUUGGACGAGAGGGUUCUAGUUGGAACAGGCCGGGCAUGCUUCGAGUCUUUGAGGCCUCUGGCUUAUAGCCUAUUGGCUGAGAUUGUCCACCAUGUUCGAGGAGAUCUGUCCCUUUCUCAGUUAUCACGGAUUAUCUACUUGUUUUCGAGAAAUAUGCAUGACUCUACAUUGUCUCUUAAUAUCCAUACAACAUGUGCCCGGCUGAUGUUGAAUCUGGUAGAGCCAAUAUUUGAGAAAGGUGUUGAUCAGCAGUCAAUGGAUGAAGCGCGUAUUUUGUUGGGACGUAUCCUGGAUGCCUUUGUUGGGAAAUUCAGUACGUUCAAGCAUACUAUUCCUCAGCUUUUAGAGGAGGGUGAGGUAGGAAAAGAUCGGGCCACUUUGAGGUCAAAGCUUGAACUUCCUGUGCAGGCCGUUUUAAAUUUGCAGGUUCCUGUUGAACACUCCAAAGAAGUGAAUGAUUGUAAGAAUCUGAUCAAGACACUUGUCAUGGGAAUGAAAACAAUCAUAUGGAGCAUUACCCAUGCACAUUUGCCUCGACCUCAGACUCUUGCUUCACAAUCACCUGGCCCUCAGGCUUUUAAAGGAAUGAGAGAAGAUGAGGUUUGGAAAGCGUCUGGUGUUCUGAAGAGUGGUGUCCACUGUUUAGCUCUAUUCAAAGAGAAGGAUGAGGAGAAGGAAAUGCUCCACCUUUUCUCCCAAAUUUUGGCUAUUAUGGAACCUCGAGAUCUAAUGGACAUGUUCUCUUUGUGUAUGCCUGAGCUCUUUGAGUGCAUGAUUGACAACACUCAACUGGUUCAGAUAUUUGCAACUCUUCUGCAAGCUCCCAAAGUAUACAAGCCAUUUGCAGAUGUUUUGAUCAAUUUUCUUGUAAGCAACAAGCUUGAUGUUUUGAAGAAUCCAGAUUCAGCAGCAACAAAACUAGUUCUGCAUCUAUUCCGAUGCAUCUUUGGGGCUGUUGCUAAAGCACCUUCUGAUUUUGAACGGAUAUUGCAACCUCAUAUCCCUGUGAUAAUGGAAGUCUGCAUGAAAAAUUCAACUGAAGUUGAAAAGCCACUUGGUUAUAUGCAACUGCUCCGCACGGUGUUCAGAGCUCUCGCUGGAUGUAAAUUUGAAUUGCUUCUGAGAGAUUUGAUCCCUAUGCUGCUACCUUGUCUUAAUUUGCUUCUGACAAUGCUUGAGGGUCCAGCUGGGGAAGACAUUAGAGACCUUCUGUUGGAGCUUUGUCUGACACUUCCUGCCCGCUUAAGCUCGUUACUGCCAUACCUUCCCCGUCUCAUGAAGCCUCUUGUAUUGUGUUUGCAAGGAAGUGAUGAACUUGUGAGCUUGGGUUUGCGCACCCUUGAAUUCUGGGUUGAUAGUCUGAAUCCUGAUUUCUUGGAACCGAGUAUGGCUAACUUGAUGUCUGAAGUGAUCUUAGCAUUAUGGUCUCACUUGAAGCCUGUGCCUUAUCCUUGGGGUGGAAAGGCAUUACAAAUCCUAGGAAAGUUGGGUGGUCGUAAUCGGCGGUUUUUGAAAGAGCCACUUACACUUGAAUGCAAGGAGAAUCCAGAGCAUGGGCUCCGUUUAGUUCUGACAUUUGAGCCGUCCACUCCAUUUCUGGUGCCGUUAGACAAAUUUAUCAAUCUUGCUGUAGCAGCUGUUAUUCAGAAAAACCUUGUGAUGGACAUCUACUACAGAAAGCAAGCUCUAAAGUUCCUCCGUGUUUGCCUAUUGUCUCAGCUCAAUUUGCCUUGCUGUGCCACUGACGAGGGACAAACGCCUAGGCAAUUGUCUACUUUGUUGCUUUCCACUGUUGAUUCUUCCUGGCGCAGGUCCGAGCCAACAGAAAUUAAGGCUGAUUUAGGAGUAAAAACGAAGACCCAGUUAAUGGCUGAGAAGUCCAUUUUUAAGACACUAUUGAUCACUGUAAUUGCUGCCAGUUCUGAUCCGGAUCUCAGCAAUUCAAAUGAUGACUUUGUUGUAAACAUUUGCCGGCAUUUUGCAAUUAUUUUACAUGUUGACUAUACGUCAAAUGCUUCAACCAGCACUGGUCCACUUGGGGUUUCUGUGAUUUCUGCGAGUUCUAGGUCAAAAAGUAAUCGAUCAUCUAACUUAAAGCUGCUGGAUCCUCUGAUAUUUUUAGAUGCGUUGGUUGAUGUGCUUGCCGAUGAAAACAGAUUUCAUGCAAGAGCUGCUCUGAAUGCAUUAAAUGUGUUUUCUGAAACUCUACUGUUCCUUGCUCGUGUUAAACAUGCUGAUGCAUUGAUGUCUAGGGGUGGUCACACUGCUUCUAUGAUUGUCUCCAGCCCUUCUACAAAUCCUGUAUACUCGCCUCAUCCAAGUGUACGCAUACCGGUGUUUGAGCAGCUUUUGCCUCGCCUUCUCCAUCGCUGCUAUGGAAGCACAUGGCAAGCACAGAUGGGAGGUGUUAUGGGGUUGGGUGCCUUGGUUGGGAAAGUGAAUGUGGAAACAUUAUGUCUUUUCCAAGUAAAAAUUGUUCGUGGUCUGGUCUAUGUUUUAAAGAGGCUUCCUGUUUAUGCUAGCAGAGAGCAAGAAGAGACAAGUCAGGUUCUUAUGCAGAUUCUUCGAGUUGUUAAUAAUGUUGAUGAAGCAAACAGUGAAGCACGUAGACAAAGCUUUCAAGGUGUUGUUGAAUAUCUUGCUACCGAGUUGUUCAAUCCUAAUGCAUCAAUCACUGUGAGAAAAAAUGUGCAGAACUGUCUUGCGCUUUUGGCUAGCCGAACUGGUAGCGAGGUAUCUGAGUUGCUUGAGCCUCUAUACCAACCUUUACUCCAGCCACUUAUAAUGCGUCCACUCCGAUCAAAGACAAUUGAUCAACAGGUCGGAACAGUAACAGCUCUGAACUUCUGUUUAGCACUGAGGCCCCCGCUUCUAAAAUUGACUCCUGAGUUGAUUAACUUCUUGCAAGAAGCAUUACAAAUAGCUGAGGCUGAUGAAACUGUUUGGGCUGUGAAGUUGAUGAAUCCUAAGGUGCUUACAUCUUUGAAUAGACUUCGAACGGCUUGUAUUGAGCUUCUGUGCACUACUAUGGCAUGGACAGAUUUUAGAACUCCGAGUCACUCUGAACUGCGUGCAAAGAUCAUUUCCAUGUUUUUCAAGUCUCUAACAUGUCGAGCGCCAGAAAUUGUGGCUGUUGCUAAGGAGGGUUUACGCCAGGUCAUUAAUCAACAACGGAUGCCAAAGGAACUUCUUCAGAGUAGCCUCAGGCCUAUACUAGUUAAUCUGGCGCACACAAAGAAUCUCAGUAUGCCUUUACUACAAGGUCUGGCCCGCCUGCUUGAACUUCUGUCAAAUUGGUUUAAUGUCACAUUAGGAGGCAAAUUGCUGGAGCACCUUAAAAAAUGGUUGGAGCCGGAGAAACUUGCCCAGUCCCAGAAAUCAUGGAAAGCUGGUGAAGAACCAAAAAUAGCAGCUGCUAUUAUUGAGCUCUUUCACUUGCUUCCCAAUGCUGCAUCAAAAUUUCUUGAUGAGCUGGUAACAUUAACUAUCGACUUAGAAGCAGCUCUUCCUCCAGGGCAAGUGUACAGUGAGAUUAAUAGCCCAUAUCGUCUUCCGCUUACCAAGUUUCUAAAUCGAUACGCAACCCUUGCUGUUGAUUAUUUUCUGGCCAGAUUAAGUGAACCUAAAUACUUCCGAAGGUUUAUGUAUAUAAUCCGAUCAGAUGCUGGCCAACCAUUAAGGGAAGAACUUGCUAAGUCUCCCCAGAAGAUACUUUCCAGUGCCUUUCCUGAAUUUUCACCAAAGGCGGAUGCUACAAUGAGCACAACAGCCUCGACUCCACCAGCUGCAUUUGCUGGGGAUGAAAACCUUGUCUCUGCUCAAUCGGAUAACUCUAGCACGCCCUCAAAAGAUACCGUGACAUCAGAUUCUUAUUUUCAGGGACUGUACCUCAUCAAAACAAUGGUGAAAUUGAUCCCCACCUGGCUGCAGAAUAACCGCAUUGUAUUUGAUACAUUAGUUCUCAUCUGGAAGUCACCUGCUAGGAUAUCUCGUCUGCAGAAUGAGCAAGAGCUGAAUUUAGUUCAGGCGAAAGAGAGCAAAUGGCUUGUGAAGUGCUUCCUGAAUUACCUGCGACAUGAUAAAUCUGAAGUGAAUGUUCUCUUUGAUAUUCUCUCCAUCUUCUUGUUCCAUAGCCGCAUCGAUUACACCUUUUUGAAGGAGUUCUACAUUAUUGAGGUGUCAGAAGGAUAUCCAGCCAACAUGAAAAAAGCACUUCUUUUACAUUUUCUGACACUUUUCCAAUCAAAACAACUUGGUCAUGAUCAUCUAGUUGUGGCAAUGCAAAUGCUUAUUCUUCCAAUGCUUGCCCAUGCAUUCCAGAACGGCCAAACUUGGGAGGUUAUUGAUCCUAAUAUUAUUAAGACAAUUGUUGAAAGGCUUCUUGAUCCGCCGGAAGAGGUUUCUGCUGAAUAUGAUGAACCUUUGAGGAUCGAACUUUUGCAGUUUGCUACUUUGCUUCUAAAACAUCUUCAGAGUGACCUGGUUCAUCAUAGGAAGGAGCUCAUUAAGUUUGGAUGGAAUCAUCUCAAACGGGAAGAUAGCGCCAGUAAGCAGUGGGCAUUUGUUAAUGUUUGCCAUUUCUUGGAUGCUUAUCAGGCUCCGGAGAAAAUAAUUCUCCAGGUUUUUGUUGCGCUUCUUAGGACGUGCCAGCCGGAGAAUAAGAUGCUAGUCAAGCAAGCCUUGGAUAUUCUAAUGCCAGCUUUACCAAAAAGGCUGCCACUUGGAGAUUCACGCAUGCCAAUUUGGAUAAGAUACACCAAAAAGAUUUUGGUUGAGGAGGGUCAUUCUAUUCCAAAUUUGAUCCACAUCUUCCAACUUAUUGUUCGACAUUCAGAUCUCUUUUAUAGCUGUAGAGCACAGUUCGUACCUCAGAUGGUGAAUUCUCUAAGCCGUCUCGGUUUGCCUUAUAAUACUACAGCUGAAAACAGGCGGCUUGCAAUUGAACUUGCUGGUUUGGUUGUCAGUUGGGAAAGGCAAAGACAAAAUGAAAUGAAAGUGGUCACUGAUACCAACCAGGUUAGUGAUGGGUUACAUCCUUCAUCUGGCGCUGAUCCUAAUCGUCCAACAGAUGGAUCUUCCACAUCAGAGGAUUUAAGCAAACGAGUUAAAGUUGAACCUGGUCUCCAGUCAAUCUGUGUCAUGUCACCUGGAAGUGCAUCAUCGAUUCCCAAUGUUGAAACUCCUGGAUCUGCUGCCCAGCCUGAUGAGGAAUUCAAGCCAAAUGCUGCUAUGGAAGAAAUGAUUAUCAAUUUUCUCAUAAGAGUUGCUUUGGUAAUUGAGCCUAAGGACAGGGAAGCCAACACUAUGUACAAUCAAGCUUUAGAUUUACUUUCCCAAGCGUUAGAGGUUUGGCCAAAUGCCAAUGUGAAGUUCAACUAUUUGGAGAAACUGCUGAGCAGCAUACCACCAUCUCAGUCAGAUCCAUCCACAGCUCUUGCCCAGGGCUUGGAUGUCAUGAACAAGGUUAUUGAGAAACAGCCACAUCUUUUUAUAAGGAACAACAUCAGCCAGAUUUCACAGAUUCUUGAGCCAUGUUUCAAAAACAAGCUGCUGGAUGCUGGCAAAUCAUUAUGCUCCUUGUUGAAGAUGGUGUUCACCGCAUUCCCGCUGGAUGCAGCUAGUACGCCUCCUGAUAUAAAGCUAUUGUAUCAGAAAGUCAAUGAGCUAAUACACAAACAUGUUAAUGCUGUUACUGCCUCACAAGCAUCAGGGGAUGAUAACUCUCUCAGUUCAAUUAGCUUUGUACUUCUUGUCAUCAGAACGUUGGCGGAGGUGCAGAAAAGCUUUGUUGAUCCAUAUGUGUUGGUACGCAUCCUUCAACGCCUUGCACGAGACCUGGGAUCAUCAGCAGGAUCUCAUCCUAGACAGGGUCAGCGAACCGAUUCAGAUUCUGCAGUAACUUCUUCUCGUCAAAGUGCUGAUAUUGGAGCAGUCAUAUCUAAUAUAAAGUCAGUCUUGAAACUUAUUGACGAAAGGGUCAUGCUCAUAACUGAAUGCAAAAGAUCUGUAACACAGAUAUUGAACACCUUGCUUUCAGAAAAAGGUACUGAUUCUAGUGUGCUUCUAUGCAUACUAGACUUGAUAAAAAGGUGGAUUGAGGAUGAUUUUGGCAAGGCAGACACAUCUAGUUCGCCUGGUGCUUUUCUUACCCAUAAGGAAAUAGUGUCUUUUCUUCAGAAACUUUCACUGGUUGAUAAACAACAUUUCUCAACCGAGGCUCUGGAAGAAUGGGAUAAGAAGUAUCUUCAGCUUUUAUAUGGACUUUGUGCUGAUUUGACAAAGUACCCUCCUACUAUACGACAAGAGAUCUAUCAGAAGGUUGAAAGACAUUUCAUGCUCGGUUUACGUGCAAGGGAUCCUGAGAUGAGAAGGAAAUUCUUCUUGCUGUAUCAUGAGUCACUUGGAAAAAAUUUGUUUGCCAGGUUGCAAUACAUUAUUCAACUCCAGGAUUGGGAAGCUUUAAGUGACGUUUUUUGGCUCAAACAGGGCCUUGAUCUCCUUCUGGCUAUCCUAGUAGAGGAUAAGCCAAUUAGUCUUGCGCCAAAUUCUGCUAGGGUUCUACCACUUUUGCCUUCAGGUACACCUUCAGAUAAUUCUGGAAUGCAGCACCAAGCUCCUGUUUCACUGGAGGGUCCUGAAGAAGUUGCUUCAAUGUUUGAUAGCAUUGUCACGAAGCAUGCACAAUUUCUGAAUGCUACUAGCAAACUUCAGGUGGCUGAUGUUGUUAUCCCUUUGAGGGAACUGGCUCAUACAGAUGCCAACGUUGCAUAUCAUCUGUGGGUGUUGGUAUUUCCGAUUGUAUGGGUAACCCUACUCAAGGAAGAGCAGGUAGCGUUGGCUAAACCUAUGAUCUCUCUCCUGUCAAAGGACUACCACAAGAAGCAGCAAGGACACAGGCCAAAUGUUGUGCAAGCGCUUCUGGAAGGGCUUCAAUUGAGCCACCCUCAACCUAGGAUGCCCAGUGAGCUUAUCAAAUAUAUUGGGAAAACAUAUAAUGCAUGGCAUUUGGCAUUGGCUUUGCUAGAAAGCCAUGUCAUGCUGUUCAUGAAUGACUCAAAAUGUGCAGAGUCUCUUGCUGAGCUUUAUCGGUUAUUGAAUGAAGAAGACAUGAGAUUUGGUUUGUGGAAGAAGAGGUCCAUCACUGCAGAAACAAGAGCUGGACUUUCUCUAGUUCAGCAUGGGUUUUGGCAUCGUUCUCAGAGCCUGUUUUACCAGGCAAUGGUUAAGGCAACCCAAGGCACAUACAAUAACACAGUCCCUAAGGCUGAAAUGUGUCUUUGGGAAGAGCAAUGGCUUCACUGUGCAACUCAACUGGGCCAAUGGGAUGCCCUGGUAGAUUUUGGAAAAAGCAUUGAGAACUAUGAAGUACUGCUAGAUAGUCUUUGGAAACUACCAGAUUGGAUGUAUUUGAAGGAUCAUGUGAUACCCAAGGCCCAGGUAGAAGAGACUCCAAAGCUUCGCUUGGUUCAAGCCUAUUUUGCCCUUCACGACAGAAAUGCCAAUGGUGUUGGAGAUGCUGAAAACAUAGUGGGAAAAGGAGUUGAUCUUGCCUUGGAAAAGUGGUGGCAGUUGCCUGAAAUGUCUGUUCAUGCCAGAGUGCCUCUAUUACAGCAAUUCCAGCAACUAGUUGAGGUUCAGGAAUCUUCUAGGAUCCAUGUUGACAUCGCUAAUGGCAGCAAAGUUUCUGGAAAUUCUACCGUUGGAAACCUUUAUGCAGAUCUGAAGGACAUUCUUGAGACUUGGAGACUCAGGACUCCAAAUGAAUGGGACAAUAUGACGGUCUGGUAUGACCUACUGCAAUGGAGGAAUGAAAUGUAUAACGUUGUUAUCGAUGCAUUUAAAGACUUUGUUACUUCAAACCCUCAACUUCAUCACCUUGGAUAUCGCGACAAAGCGUGGAACGUCAAUAAACUUGCCAGGAUAGCCCGGAAGCAAGGUCUUUAUGAUGUAUGUGUUCAGAUACUGGAAAAAAUGUAUGGUCACUCGACAAUGGAAGUACAGGAAGCCUUUGUUAAAAUCAGAGAACAGGCAAAAGCUUAUCUGGAAAUGAAGGGAGAGCUUGCUAGUGGUCUUAAUUUGAUCAACAGCACAAAUUUGGAAUACUUUCCACUGAAAAACAAAGCGGAGAUCUUCCGUCUGAAAGGGGAUUUUCAUCUGAAGCUAAACGACACUGAAGGUGCCAACAUUGCAUACUCCAACGCGAUCACCCUGUUCAAGAAUUUGCCCAAAGGGUGGAUAAGCUGGGGAAAUUACUGUGAUAUGGCAUACCAAGAAACACAAGAUGAAAUCUGGCUAGAAUAUGCUGUCAGUUGCUUUCUUCAGGGUAUAAGAUUUGGAGUUUCCAAUUCCAGAAGCCACAUGGCUCGUGUUCUUUAUCUUCUCAGUUUCGAUACACCAAAUGAGCCUGUCGGGAGGGUGUUUGAUAAGCACUUGGACCAAGUACCCCACUGGGUUUGGCUUUCUUGGAUACCUCAGCUAUUGCUCUCUCUUCAGAGAACGGAAGCACCUCAUUGCAAACUUGUUCUAUUGAAAAUUGCCGCAGUGUUCCCACAGGCUCUGUAUUAUUGGCUACGCACGUAUUUACUGGAACGACGUGAUGCUGUUAAUAAAUCUGAACUCGGAAGAAUGGUAAUGGCGCAAAGGAUGCAGCAAAAUGCUCAUGGUGCUAGUUCUGGUCAUGGUGGAGGGAAUUUGCCCAUGGAUGCUCAAAUUCAUCAAGGUGCUCAAACUAGUGGAACUCAUGAAGGUGGAAACCCACAUGGGCAGCAAGAAAGUGAACGUUCCACUGCAGAAAACAAUGUGAACCCAGGGAACAAUGAUCAACCUAUGCACGGUGAAAAUAGUCAAAACACAGUAAGACGGGGUGCAUCAUUGGCAAUCUCGGCUGCUAGUGCUUUCGAAGCUGCAAAGGAUAUAAUGGAAUCCCUCAGGAGUAAACAUAACAACUUGGCCAGUGAACUCGAGGUUCUUCUCACGGAAAUUGGCUCAAGGUUUGUUACUUUACCGGAGGAAAGACUUUUGGCAGUGGUGAAUGCUUUGUUGCAUCGAUGCUACAAAUAUCCAACUGCCACGACCGCAGAGGUUCCCCAGCCGCUCAAGAAAGAGCUGUCGGGUGUCUGUAGAGCUUGUUUCUCUGCAGAUGCUAUGACGAAGCAUGUCGAGUUUGUGAGAGAGUACAAGCAAGAAUUCGAGCGAGAUCUUGAUCCGGAAAAUACAUCUACUUUCCCAGUCACGCUUUCCGAGCUGACAGAACGGUUGAAACACUGGAAAAACAUUCUUCAGAGCAAUGUCGAGGACAGGUUUCCAGCUGUGUUGAGAUUGGAAGACGAGAGCAGGGUUCUUCGCGAUUUCCAUGUUGUCGAUGUGGAGAUCCCGGGCCAAUACUUCUCAGACCAGGAAGUGGCACCGGAUCAUACGGUGAAGUUGGAUCGGGUCGGAGCCGACAUACCGAUCGUCCGAAGGCAUGGAAGCAGUUUCCGGCGUCUGACACUUAUCGGCUCGGAUGGCUCACAGAAGCAUUUUAUUGUACAGACUUCUCUGACACCUAAUGCUAGGAGCGAUGAACGCAUCUUGCAGCUUUUCCGAGUGAUGAACCAAAUGUUCGAUAAGCAGCAUGAGUCAAGGCGCCGCCAUAUAGGAAUUCACACUCCCAUCAUAAUUCCUGUUUGGUCUCAGGUUCGGAUGGUCGAGGACGAUCUCAUGUACAAUACUUUCCUCGAGGUGUAUGAGAAUCACUGUGCAAGGAAUGAUAGGGAGGCGGAUCUUCCUAUCACCUAUUUCAAGGAGCAACUCAAUCAAGCCAUAUCCGGGCAGAUCUCGGCAGAGGCAAUCGUUGAUCUUCGCCUCCAAGCUUAUGGCGAAAUCACAAAAAACUUGGUCAACGACAGUAUCUUUUCACAGUACAUGUACAAGACACUGAUGAGUGGGAGCCAUAUGUGGGCGUUCAAGAAGCAAUUCGCUGUCCAGCUAGCGGUCUCGAGCUUCAUGUCGUUCAUGCUACAAAUCGGCGGGAGGUCCCCGAACAAGAUUUUGUUUGCCAAAAACACUGGGAAACUGUUCCAGACGGAUUUCCACCCGGCUUACGACGCCAACGGGAUGAUAGAGUUCAACGAACCUGUGCCUUUCCGCCUCACGAGGAACAUGCAAGCGUUCUUCUCGCAUUUCGGGGUCGAAGGUCUCCUAAUGUCGGCCAUGAGUUCGGCUGCUCAAGCAGUUAUCUCUCCCAAGCAAAACCAGCAUCUUCGGUAUCAGUUGGCGAUGUUCUUUCGGGAUGAACUUUUAUCGUGGUUUGGGAGACGACCUCUAGGUGUUCCGAUCCCUCCAGUAGCGGGAAUCGCUACGUUGAACUCGGCCGAGCUCAAACACAAGGUUAACUCGAACGUGGAUGAUGUCAUUGGGCGCAUCAAAGGCAUAGCCCCACAGUACUUCUCCGAAGAGGACGAUAACGCGGUGGAGCCACCGCAAUCGGUCCAAAGAGGCGUUAACGAGCUGGUAGAAGCCGCCUUGUCGCCUCGGAACCUAUGCAUGAUGGACCCCACAUGGCAUCCCUGGUUCUAACUAACUUAUGAACAAAGAAGAAGGAAAGCUUUUGUCUGUUCGAAUCAUAUCAUCAUCAUCAUCGUAACCAGUCACUUUUUUUUUGUAUCGAAAUAGGUUUGUGAAUAUAUAACCCUUUUGUAUUUUGUAUCUAAACUCCGGCACCGUUAAGAAAACUGUCGGUUUGGUUUGGGGGGCUGUUCCUUUGUCUUAUGUAACAUUCCGUCAAUACACCAACAGCAACAGCAGGAGCUUCGAUUAGUUAUAUGAUGUCCUCCCCUCUUUGUUUCAA